AUGCAUGCAGGAAAUAUUAUGCUUGAUAUUGAAAAAUUAACAAGAAUUCAACCGGAAAUUGAACAAUUAUUAAAACAAUUUGAAGCACAAAAAUAUUGUUAUUUACCAUUUUAUGUAUUUUUAUUAAAACCAAUGCAUCGUUUAUUACAAUAUCGUGUAUUACUUGAACGAUUAAUGCGUUAUUAUGGUGAAAUUCAUCCAGAUUUAUCUGAUUGUAGAAUUGCACAUGCCAAAUUAAAUGAUCUUAUUCAAUCACAAUGGGAAGCUUAUAAAAAAAUGGAAAAUACAUAUAAAUUGCUAGAAAUUCAACGUGAUCUAAUUGGAUUUAAUCCAGAUAUUAUUUCAUCAACAGAUGAAAGAAAUCAUUGUAAUCAUAUAAAUCAUAACAAUACCUAUAAUAAUAAUAAUAAUAAUAAUAAUAGUAAUAAUAAUAAUAAUAAUCAUAAUAAUAAUCAUAAUCAUAAUAAACAAACACAUCAUUCCACAUUGUCAACAAUUUGUGCAUCACAUUUACUUGGACCAGUUUAUCAUCCUAAUAGACAAUUUAUUCGUGAAGGUUGGCUACAGAAAUUAUCAAAAAAAGGCUAUCAACCAAGAAUGUUUUUUCUAUUAUCUGAUCAAUUAUUUUAUGCUAGUCGUACAAUGACAUCGAAUUUACAAUUUAAAGUCCAUGGUCAGUUCUCAUUACAAGAUUUAAUGGUUGAAGAAGUGGAACCAGCGCAUAGUUUCACUAUUUAUUCAGGUAAUCGAUGUUUUCUUGUAGCUGCUUCAUCAGACUGGCAACGUGAUCGAUGGCUUGAAGAUAUAUCCAGAGCUAUUUUGGCAGCUAAAACUAGACCAUCAUCGUCAGCAUCAAUUAUGAAUGAUUCAACAAUGGAGAACAACAAUCAAACUUCCACGAAGCCAUUAACUUGUAGCAAUAUUGAAACUGAUUCCACACAAAUGUUACAACGAGCUGUAACAAGUGUUCAUGUUUGUUGGCAUAGAUGUUUCACACUUUCAAUGCAAGAUAUAUUACGUGCUAAUGAAUACCAAACCAGUGGAUAUUUAUUGAGAAAAUUUAAGAAUAGUAAUGGUUGGCAACGACUAUGGGUGGUAUUCACUCAAUUAUGUCUUUUCUUCUAUAAAAGUUAUCGUGAUGAAUGUCCAUUGGCUAGUUUACCAUUGUUAGGUUAUACUAUAAGUAGACCUGGACCAGAAGAUCAAAUUCGACGAGACAAUGUACUUAAAAUGCAAUUUAAAAAUCAUGUAUACUAUUUCCGUGGUGAAACGCGUCAUUCAUUCGAAAGAUGGGUUGAAUAUCUUAGUUGUGCAGCUGGUGCCAGUAGACCAUUAAAUACAUCAUCAAUUGUCAAAUAA